GUUUUGCACGCGCCCGUGUCGUCUGCAUCUGUCAUCUGUGGAACAGCUGAACAGAAAAGAGAAGGAUGGCUACCACAGUUUUACAAAAACCAGCAGAAAAAACGGGAACAUGGGGAGCUAUAUUUCCUAAUGAACAGAUAUCAGAAGUGCAGUCAGCAUUGUUUGUUAAAAAGUUGCUUGCAGUUGCAGUUUCUAAUAUUGCUUAUUUAAGAGCUAUCUUCCCGGAACAUGCAUUCGGAGAUCGUAGCUUAGAGGGACUAAGUUUGAAGAUAUUAAAAGAUGAUGUGUCUUGUCCUGGGGCAAGUCAGGUGAUCAAGUGGGUGAAAGGAUGCUUUGAUGCAUUUUGAUAGGAAAUAU